UGCAUUCUCCAAUCGACCUUCCCUACCCACACACAAUGCCCUCCGAUAGAGUGGAAAAGAAGCGCAAGCGCGCCUCGGAUCGUCACGAGCGACCCAGCAAGAAGCCGGCUCUCGGCCUGCAUGACCUGCCUCCGCUGGCCGCCAGCGUGGUGAAUGAUGAUAGCGAACUGGCUCCGGUCCUGAUCACCACUCCCGGUGUCAAUGCUCCUCGAAACAUCCGCCUAACACCCUACCUCAAGACCCGCGCCGAUGGCCCCGGCCACUCCUCGACCCGCAACAAGGGCAUUACGUCGAGCGAACUGCUGCUGCAGACCUCCGAACACCCGAAAAUGGACUUUGUGGGCCGCGAAGCCAACGACGAUGCCGACUCGCAGGUGAAGCAUUACGUGGCCGUGGUGGAUCCGCAAAAGCAAACUUGGCAGUUCAUCGAGGCCCGCAAGGUCACUCUGCGAGGUGCCGUGAGGUCGACGAAACAUGUGGCCGAGGAAGAGGAGGAGGAGAGUGAGGAUGAAGAAGCGAAAACCAUGCGUGCUCAGCGCACCGAACUCACCAAUACCUUCGGUACCAAACAAUCCCGCAAGGCCGCUCAGUCUAUGGCCGAAAACGCCCAGCUAUCCAGUGUCCCCGCCGGCGCUUCGUCCGCCGCGGAGUCCGCCAUUCUCUCUGCGAUGCCCGCCGACUCCGCCGCCGACCUCGCCUCCAAGUCUGCCGCCGUGCAGGCCCAGAUCCAGGCCGCCAAACCGCUGCCCCAGGCCAACCUGGAGGCUUCGCACCCCUCGGACGUCUACCCUAUCGAGAAUCUCGUCCCCGGAGGCAUGGCCACCCUGCGCCAACUGCCUGGUGUCAAGGAGUGGCAGGAUACGGUGGCUGCCGGCCUCAGUGUGGUCACCACCUCUCGUUACGUGUCACGCCGACUCGAUGCCGUCGUCAGCUCCGGCAACGUCGCCCAAAUCCAGGUGCUGCGCUUCAUCUUCUUGCUGCUGGAGUUCGCCCGCUCGCUGCGCUCCGGCCGCGACCCCAAGGCCUCCGGCCCCGGCGGCAAACGCCUGCCGUCGCGCGACGAUCUCCGCCGCAUUCUCUCCUCCUCCACCGGUGCCGCCGCCGCUUCCUCCAACACGUCGUCGUCGUCGUCCACCGAGGCCCUGCCGGAAACGGUCAUCGACGCCGUGCGUCGCAAGUUCGCGCCCCAGGGGACCUCGCUCUCCAAGAACGACAUCACCCUCCUGCACACGACCAUCUGCGCGCUGUCGCUGCACAUCCCGCCCCAGCCGGCCAAGGACGGCGGCUCCAGCUCGCAGGGCGGCAACUCGCCCAACGAGCUGGCCACCGACCCCUCGGAUCUGCGUGACGACCUGCGUGUCGAUAACCCCAUCAUCCAGCACUACUUCCGCGAGCUGGGCUGCCGCAUCGACAAGCCGCGCGAGACCGAGUUCGCCAAAUGGAACAUCAAGGGCGGCAAGGCCGAGGCCGCCGCGCGUCGCGUUGCCCGUCUCAGGGUCCCCUUUGAAUUCCCCAAGACGUCUCGUGGCGGUAAACGGUGAUCGAACACUCUUUUUUCGGUGUUUGGAAAUGAGAAGACGUAAAAAUCAUUGAAGGGGAGGGGUGGAAGCAGGGAAGAAAAAUGUCUUGAUUUGUUGCACGGCCACUUUUUUUUUGGCACCCGGGCGUUGGGAGAACCCUUUUGUUCUUAACGUAUGUAACUCCAUUGAAUGAUGUAUGCGUAUACAUCCUGUGAAUAGA